AUGGGGCUGCGAACAAGGCGCUCUGCGCCCCGGAGCCCGGGAGCCGCGGGCCGGGGCGGGGGCCGGGGCGUCCGGCAGCUGCUCCCGCUGCUCCCGCCGCUGCUGCUGCUGCUGCGGUGCCCGGGCGCCCGCGGGGCUGGGGCUGGGGCUGCGGCGCCGGGCGAGGCGGACGCGCCCACCCUCUAUCUGUGGAAGACUGGUCCGUGGGGCCGGUGCAUGGGAGAUGAGUGCGGCCCGGGAGGCAUCCAGACCCGCGCGGUGUGGUGCGCGCACGUGGAAGGAUGGACGACGCUGCACACCAACUGCAAGCAGGCCGAGAGGCCCGGCAACCAGCAGCGCUGCUUCAAGGUGUGCGACUGGCACAAGGAGCUGUACGACUGGAGGCUGGGGCCCUGGGACCAGUGCCGGCCCGUGGUCUCCAGGAGCCUGGAGAAGGCCCUGGAGUGCGUCAAGGGGGAAGAAGGCAUCCAGGUGAGGGAGGUCACGUGCAUGCAGACGGAGAAGGGCGUUCCGGCGGAGGAGGACCUCAUCUGCGAGUACUUCGAGCCCAAGCCGCUGCUGGAGCAGGCCUGCCUCAUCCCCUGCCAGCAGCCCUGCGUCGUGUCCGAGUUCUCCGCCUGGUCCCAGUGCUCCAAGACGUGCGGCAGCGGCCUCCAGCACCGCACCCGCCACGUGGUGGCGCCGCCCCAGUUCGGGGGCUCGGGCUGCCCGAACCUGACCGAGUUCCAGGUGUGCCAGUCCAGCCCGUGCCAGGCCGCCCAGAGCCCGCACAGCCUGCACGCGGGGCCCUGGAGCGCCUGCACCGCGCCCCCCUCCCGGCAGGCCAGGCAGGCCCGGCGGCGGGGCAGGAACAGAGAGCAGCGGGAGCGGGACCGGGGGAAAGCCCUGAAGGACCCGGAGGCCCGGGAGCUCAUCAAGAAAAAGAGAAACAGGAACAGACAGAACCGCCAGGAGAACAGAUACUGGGACAUCCAGAUCGGCUAUCAGACCAGAGAGGUCACCUGUACCAACAAGACCGGGCAGGCUGCGGAACUGAGAUUGUGCCAGCAGGAGAAGUUGCCAAUGACCUUCCAGUCCUGUGUGAUCACCAAAGAGUGCCAGGUGUCGGAGUGGUCCGAGUGGAGCCUCUGCUCAAAAACGUGCCACGAUAUGGUGUCCCCUAAAGGCACUCGUGUAAGGACACGGGUCAUCAGGCAGUUUCCCAUUGGCAGCGAGGAAGAGUGUCCAGAACUUGAGGAAACUGAACCCUGCGUGUCUCAAGGAGAGGCAGCUGCCCCCUGCGCCACGUAUGGCUGGAGAGCCACAGAGUGGACCGAGUGCCGUGUGGACCCUUUGCUCAGUCAGCAGGACAAGAGGCGAGGCAACCAGACGGCCCUCUGUGGAGGGGGGAUCCAGACCCGAGAAGUGUACUGUGUGCAGACCAAUGAAAACCUCCUCUCACACUUAAAGACACACAAGGACAAAGAAGCCCCCAAACCAGUGGAUUUGAAGUUAUGCACCGGCCCUGCUCCUAACACCACACAGCUGUGCCACAUCCCCUGUCCAAUUGAAUGUGAGGUUUCACCUUGGUCAGCUUGGGGACCUUGUACUUAUGAGAACUGUAAUGACCAGCAAGGCAAAAAAGGUUUCAAACUGAGGAAGCGGCGCAUUACCAACGAGCCCACCGUAGGCUCGGGGGGCACUGGGAGCUGCCCUCACUUACUGGAGGCCAUUCCCUGCGAGGAGCCAUCCUGCUACGAGUGGAAGGCAGUGAGGCUUGGAGACUGUGAGCCAGACAAUGGCAAAGAGUGUGGUCCAGGCACUCAAGUUCAGGAGGUUGUCUGCAUCAACAGUGAUGGAGAAGAAGUUGACAGACAGCUGUGCAGAGAUGCUAUCUUCCCCAUCCCUGUCGCCUGUUAUGCCCCGUGCCCAAGGGACUGUGUGCUCACCAUGUGGUCUUCCUGGUCUUCCUGCUCACACACCUGCUCAGGGAAAACCACAGAAGGGAAACAGAUACGAUCUCGGUCCAUUCUGGCUUAUGCGGGAGAAGAAGGUGGAACUCACUGUCCAAAUACAAGUGCUUUGCAAGAGGUGCGCAGCUGUAACGAGCAUCCCUGCACUGUGUAUCACUGGCAAACGGGUCCGUGGGGCCAGUGCAUUGAGGACACCUCGGUAUCAUCCUUCAACACAACUGCAGCUUGGAACAGGGAGGCCUCUUGCUCUGUUGGCAUGCAGACAAGAAAAGUCAUCUGUGUGCGGGUCAAUGUGGGCCAAGUGGGACCCAAAAAGUGUCCUGAAAGCCUUCGGCCUGAAACAGUGAGGCCCUGUCUGCUUCCUUGUAGGAAGGACUGUAUCGUGACCCCAUACAGCGACUGGACGACGUGCCCUUCCUCAUGCACAGAAGGGAAUUCCGGAGUCAAGAAGCAGUCUCGGCACCGGGUCAUCAUCCAGCUGCCAGCCAAUGGAGGCAGGGACUGCACUGAUCCUCUCUAUGAAGAGAAGGCCUGCGAGGCCCCUCAAAUGUGCCACAGCUACAGGUGGAAGACGCACAAAUGGCGCAGGUGCCAGCUGGUCCCUUGGAGCGUGCAGCAGGACAGCCCCGGAGCACAGGAGGGCUGUGGCCCCGGACGACAAGCCAGAGCCAUUACCUGUCGAAAGCAAGACGGAGGGCAGGCUGGCAUCCACGAAUGCCUCCAGCACGCAGGCCCGGUGCCAGCCCUCACCCAGGCCUGCCAGGUCCCCUGCCAAGACGACUGUCAGUUUACCAGCUGGUCCAAGUUUUCCUCAUGCAAUGGAGACUGUGGGGCAGUCAGGACCAGAAAGCGCGCUAUUGUUGGCAAAAGCAAAAAGAAGGAAAACUGUAAAAAUUCUCAGGUGUACCCACUGAUGGAGACUCAGUACUGUCCUUGUGACAAGUACAAUGCCCAGCCCGUGGGGAACUGGUCGGACUGCAUUUUGCCGGAGGGGAAAGUGGAAGUGCUGCUGGGAAUGAAAGUCCAGGGAGACAUCAAGGAGUGCGGCCAAGGCUAUCGUUACCAAGCCAUGGCGUGCUACGACCAGAACGGCCGGCUGGUGGAGACGUCCAGGUGUAACAGCCACGGUUACAUCGAAGAGGCCUGCAUCAUCCCCUGCCCCUCCGACUGCAAGCUCAGCGAGUGGUCCAACUGGUCCCGCUGCAGUAAGUCCUGUGGGAGCGGCGUGAAGGUUCGGUCUAAAUGGCUGCGUGAAAAGCCGUAUAAUGGAGGAAGGCCUUGCCCCAAACUGGACCAUGUCAACCAGGCACAGGUGUACGAGGUCGUCCCCUGCCAGAGUGACUGCAACCAGUACCUGUGGGUCACAGAGCCGUGGAGCGUGUGCAAGGUGACCUUUGUGAACAUGCCGGACAACUGCGGAGGGGGCGUGCAAACCCGAAAAGUGAGAUGCAUGCAGAACACGGCGGAUGGCCCUUCUGAGCACGUAGAGGAUUACCUCUGUGACCCAGAAGAGAUGCCCCUGGGUUCCAGAGAGUGCAAACUACCGUGUCCUGAGGACUGUGUGAUAUCCGAAUGGGGUCCUUGGACUCGAUGCACUUUGCCUUGCAAUCAAAGCAAUUUCCGGCAAAGGUCAGCUGAUCCCAUCAGACAACCCGCUACUGAGGGAAGAGUCUGUCCUGAUGCUGUUGAGAAGGAGCCCUGUAACCUGAACAGAAACUGCUUCCACUACGAUUAUAACGUAACAGAUUGGAGUACGUGCCAGCUGAGUGAGAAGGCAGUUUGUGGAAAUGGCAUUAAAACAAGGAUGUUGGACUGUGUUCGAAGUGAUGGCAAGUCAGUUGACCCGAAAUACUGUGAGGAGCUGGGCCUGGAGAAGAACUGGCAGAUGAACACAUCAUGCAUGGUGGAAUGCCCGGUCAACUGCCAGCUGUCCGAGUGGUCUCCUUGGUCAGAAUGUUCUCAAACAUGUGGCCUCACAGGGAAAAUGAUCCGAAGACGGACAGUGACACAGCCCUUUCAGGGUGACGGAAGGCCGUGCCCCGCCCUGAUGGAGCAGUCCAAGCCUUGCCCAGUGAAGCCCUGCUAUCGGUGGCAAUAUGGCCAGUGGUCUCCAUGCCAAGUGCAGGAUGCCCAGUGUGGAGAAGGGAGCAGAACAAGAAACAUUUCUUGUGUCGUGAGUGAUGGGUCGGUUGAUGAUCUCAGCAAAGCAGUGGAUGAAGAAUUCUGUGCUGAUGUUGAACCCAUUAUAGAUGGGAAUAAAAAAGUGGUCUUAGAGGAAACCUGCACCCAGCCUUGCCCAGGUGACUGUUAUUUGAAGGACUGGUCUUCAUGGAGCCUGUGUCAGCUGACCUGUGUGAAUGGUGAGGACCUCGGCUUUGGUGGAAUACAGGUCCGUUCCAGAGCAGUGAUUAUACAAGAACUAGAGAAUCAACACCUGUGCCCAGAGCAGAUGUUAGAAACAAGAUCAUGUGAUGAUGGACAGUGUUAUGAGUAUAAAUGGAUGGCAAGUGCUUGGAAAGGCUCUUCCCGAACAGUCUGGUGUCAAAGGUCUGAUGGUGUAAAUGUAACAGGGGGCUGUUUGGUGGUUCACCAGCCUGAUGCCGACAGGUCUUGUCACCCGCCGUGUAGCCAACCCCACUCGUACUGUAGCGAGACGAGGGCGUGCAGUUGUGAAGAGGGGUACACAGAAGUCCUGUCUUCCAACGGGACGCUGGAGCAGUGCACUCUGAUCCCCGUGGUGGCGAUCCCCACCGUGGAGGACAAGAGAGCAGACGUGAAAACCAGCCGGGCAGUGCACCCAACCCAGCCCUCCCGGAACCCGGAAGGACGAGGCAGGACCUGGUUUCUACAGCCACUGGGGCCAGAUGGGAGACUAAAGACCUGGGUUUACGGUGUAGCGGCUGGGGCAUUGGUGUUACUCAUCUUUAUUGUCUCCAUGAUUUAUCUAGCUUGCAAAAAGCCAAAGAAGCCCCAAAGAAGGCAAAACAACCGACUGAAACCUUUGACUUUAGCCUAUGAUGGCGAUGCAGACAUGUAA